AUGAUCGGUAUGAUGAAAUCUAAGGUACCAGAGAAUGGUAAGAGUAAAGUCAGCCACCCUACGUCAACCUCAUUGAAGAAAAAAUCACAACAUCAAGCUAAGGUUGCAAUUGGAAUGACUGGUCCAAUUCCCAAGCGUAGAUCCCAAAUGCAACUCAAGGCCAAAUCCGAUACACAACCUCUCGGAGAUGCAGUCCAGGUCUCGAGAAAGAAUGCUGGAUAUUCAAAAAAAGUGUCUAUUCCAAGCAAAAAGUUUAGAUCUUCACAACCUAUUCCUGCCAAAGCUAAUCACUUCAACUUGCAUCGAGGAUCUUCGUCGCUACACAAAGGAACAACGUCGAAUGAUUUUGAGGAAGACGAUGAAGAUUAUGAAAUGGAAGACGAUGGUGAAUACGACUCCACCGACCAAGAUUGUACUGAAGAGGAAGCUGAGGAUGCAUCGGAGAUAGAACCUAACACUGAAUUUGUCUAUCAAUAA